AUGUUUACUUAUAACCACACAACAGUAUCUAGGCUACCUCCAAUGAGUGAAGAGAACGAGGCCGAAGGGCCUUAUGCCGUUGUAAUGGCACCCACUCGUGUGCUUGCUCAACAGAUCGAGGAAGAAACUAAUAAGUUUGCUAAGCAUUUGGGGAUCAGAGUGGUCUCCAUUGUUGGUGGGCAAUCCAUUGAGGAACAAGGGUUUAGGAUUAGGCAAGGGUGUGAGGUUGUCAUUGCUACGCCGGGGCGUUUGAUUGAUUGUUUGGAGAGGCGUUACCCGGUUCUCAAUCAGUGUAAUUAUGCUGUUCUUGAUGAGGCUGAUCGUAUGGUAGAUAUGGGAUUUGAGCCACAGGUUAUGGGCGUGUUGGAUGCAAUGCCUUCUAGCAAUUUGAAACCCAAAAACGAAGACGAAGAGCUUGAUGAGAAGAAGAUUUAUAGAACCACUUAUAUGUUUAGUGCCACCAUGCCGCCUGCAGUGGAGUGCCUUGCUAGAAAGUAUCUGAGGAAUCCUGUUGUGGUAACUAUAGGCACUGCUGGAAAGACCACCGAUUUGAUAUCCCAACAUGUGAUGAUGGUUAAGGAAUCGGAGAAGUUUUCUAGGUUACAAAGAUUGCUUAACGAACUUGGUGAUAGGACUGCAAUUGUGUUUGUUAACACUAGGAAGAAUGCAGAUAAUGUUGCCAAGAACUUGGAUAAGGCAGGCUAUCGUGUUACAACCUUACAUGGUGGAAAGUCGCAGGAGCAGAGGGAAAUUAGUCUUGAGGGGUUUAGGACAAAAAGAUACAAUGUCCUCGUUGCCACCGAUGUUGCGGGGCGUGGGAUUGACAUACCCAAUGUCGCCCAAGUCAUAAAUUUCGAUAUGCAUGGGAGUAUUGACACAUACACGCAUCGUAUUGGACGAACAGGACGUGCAGGCAAGACGGGUGUGGCCACUACAUUCUUGACUCUUUCAGACUCUGAUGUCUUCUAUGAUCUCAAGCAGAUGCUUAUCCAGAGUAACAGUAGUGUUCCUAAUGAACUUGCAAGACACGAGGCUUCCAAGUUCAAGCCGGGUUCAGUUCCUGAUAGACCACCAAGACGCAAUGACUACGUUUUUGCCCAUUGAGAAAGUUCGAAGCUUGUGAAGACACUUUUAGGCGAAGUCUCCGUGUCAAUUGUGCCAUAUGACAGUUUUUAGUAGCUUAUACUUAGUGAUUCAGGCAAGGAACUGCAAUAGAUAAUAGGAUUUUUGGGACCUGAUUGUUAAGACCUGCCUUCCUUGAAGGGGGAAUUUAUGUCAUUACAUUUUUCUGCUGUAGUAUAUUUGCUGUUCUGCUGAUUAUUUAUUGUAGGAAUAUCUGCACGAUGAUAUCAGUUGAGAAUGCUGUAUUUGAUCUCUGAUUUUAUUUCAACUGUAUUGUAGGUUUGUUUAUUCAA